ACCGCCUGCAAAGUGCUCGGGGCGGCAGAAGCAGGCCGCCGGCUCCGCGGAGCCAGCCGCUCGCCCCCGGGGGCUGGGAGAGCGCACGGGGUUGGUUGGCAGUGCCGCGGUUGCUGGCGGGCGCCGGUGCCCUCGGCGCGAGGGGCUUGGGCUCACCAUGCCCCAGCGGGGCCGGGCCGCCGGGCAUAAGCGGAUCCCCGGCUUGCCCCCGCCUCGGAGCACUCGGAUUAGCUGCAGCUGGCGCCCGGGGAUUUGAACGUGGACCCCGGGAGGGAGCGCACCUAGGCCGACCUCGAAGCGGCGGCCCCGCGGCCAACAUGCUUCGCAAAGGGUGCUGUGUGGAACUGCUGCUGCUGCUGCUGGCUGGGGAGCUACCCCUGGGUGGCGGCUGCCCACGGGACUGUGUGUGCUACCCAGCGCCCAUGACUGUCAGUUGCCAGGCGCACAACUUUGCCGCCAUCCCAGAAGGCAUCCCUGAAGAGAGCGAGCGCAUCUUCCUCCAGAACAAUCGCAUCACCCUCUUGCAGCAAGGCCAUUUCAGUCCCGCCAUGGUCACCCUGUGGAUCUACUCCAACAACAUCACCUACAUUGAUCCCAACACCUUUGAGGGCUUUGUUCACCUAGAGGAACUGGACCUCGGUGACAACCGGCAGCUGCGGACGCUGGCACCUGAGACAUUCCAAGGCCUGGUGAAACUUCAUGCCCUCUACCUCUAUAAGUGUGGGCUUAGUGCCCUGCCUGCGGGCAUCUUUGGUGGCUUGCACAGCCUGCAGUACCUCUACUUGCAGGAAAACCACAUUGAGUACCUCCAGGAUGACAUCUUUGUGGACCUGGUCAACCUCAGCCACUUGUUUCUCCAUGGCAAUAAGCUGUGGAGCCUAGGCCAGGGUCCCUUCCGGGGCCUGGUCAACCUGGAUCGGCUACUGUUGCAUGAGAACCAGCUGCAGUGGGUCCACCACAAAGCUUUCCACGAUCUUCAUAGGCUGACCACUCUAUUCCUCUUCAACAACAGCCUCUCAGAGCUGCAAGGUGAAUGCCUGGCCCCCCUGGCAGCCCUGGAGUUCCUUCGCCUCAAUGGGAACGCCUGGGACUGUGGCUGCCGGGCUCGAUCCCUGUGGGAAUGGCUGCGGAGAUUCCGAGGCUCCAGCUCUGCUGUCCCCUGUGCCACCCCCGAGCUGAGGCAAGGCCAGGACCUGAAGCUGCUGAGGGCCGAGGACUUCCGGAACUGCACAGGGCCAGCAUCGCCACACCAGAUCAAGUCGCACACACUCACCACCACUGACAGAGCUGCUCGCAAAGAGCACCUCCCCCAUGGCCCCACCAGAGACAGGGGCCAUCCUCAUGGCCAUCUUCCCGGUUCCAGGUCAGGCUACAAGAAGCCAGGGAAGAACUGUACCAGCCACAGGAACCGAAACCAGAUCUCUAAGAUGGGCGCCGGCAAGCAGCCCCACGAGCUGCAGGACUAUGCCCCCGACUACCAGCACAAGUUUGGCUUUGAUCUCAUGCCCACAGCACGGCCCAAAAGGAAGGGCAAAUGUGCCCGCAGGACCCUCAUCCGUGCCCCCAGUGGGGUGCAGCAGGCCUCCUCAGGCACUUCCCUAGGGACCUCACUCCUGGCUUGGAUACUGGGGCUGGCGGUUACUCUUCGCUGAGGGCCCAGGGUACCAGCACCCGGCACUGCCACAUGUCCAGCAAGGAACAGCAUUUCUUUUCUUUUCUUUUUUUUCACAAGUGGAGGAUCUGCUGGGUUUCAGGAAAAGGCUGAUAGAGCCUUCAGCUGCUAUCUGGACCCUACCCGGUGGAUUAUAAACCCCAGUGUACAGCCCUAGACGGGAGGGGAUUAGCACACCUCACCCAGCUGCCCCAGCCAGCCUCAGCCAAGCACCCAUGGACAGUGUCUGCUCCAACAUGGCACGUGAAGUGAAUCCUUCAUUAGCAGUGAUGGGACAAGCUCCUCUCUUGGGAGCUGGGCUCUGUGGAAUCCUGAUCAUUUGAGAGAUCAUCGAAAGGGACCCACUGUUCUUGGAGGAAGCAGGACUCAGAACAAACAAGGCUCACCCAGAGCCAGCUGGGUCGACCAGCAGUCUGGGAACACUCAAGCAGGUGGCAUCUUGGCCCUUUCCUGAGGCCAUUUAAUUGACUUGCCCUGAAUCUAGCGCUAUGUCACCUUCAACCCCUCCCUCAGGGAGGAAGGGGGAACACCUCUCAUUCCUGAUGUCUCAGGCAACCCUGGCAGACCCAGGUUCACCUGCUGGGGUCCAAGAACCAAUUACCAAAGGAAAGAUCAUCAGAGGCUGAAAUUUAGAACCUUAUCACAUGCAAUGAGAUUCUCACAGAAGGUGCAGUUUUAUACCUAUGUCCACUUAUAUAUAUAUAUAUAUAUAUACACACUCCACAUCUAUCUAUAUAUAUAUACAUACAAAAUGCACAGGUUCCCUGCCCCUCCCCCAGCCACUCUGUUACCAAAUUGUAUGUCUUAUCAUCAUGUUUAUAAGCUAUAUGGAUUGUACUGGUGAUUUCUAGCAAGAAAUAAGUUAUAGAAUUUUUGCCUAGAAUCCCAGCCUGGCAACAAUAGUCCCUAUGUAAGCUGGGCUUAUCAGGGCUAGGGGCAAGAUAACAAUGAUAAGGGUUAGGGAGAAAGGGAGGCAGUGAGAAUCACUUCAGGGGACCAAUAUUCUUAGACAUUUAGAACAUCACCUUGUUUUUAUAUGCAAACACAAGCCUGUCUGGCGCCCUGAAGCACCCCAUCACCCCUACUAUGGAAGCUGUGGGAGUCAGGAUGACACGUGGGAAGCAGUGUGUUGGAUGUCAGGGAGCCAGGUGCUGGGAGCCAUCUAGACAGAAGGAGAGGGAUGGGGCUUGGGGGUUUGUAAGCCAGCAGGCAGGGCAGCAUCCACAGUGUUAGUCCAACAGGUUGGACAGUGUCUUCAAUCUAGCAUUUUGCAAGUGAUGGUCAAGACAGGCCAGAUGAUUAACUGGAAGCGCAGGCUGGGAGCACGGCUCAGCUGCUGAGUUUUACCCUGAGGCUCUCUGGUGGGUGACCUGGCAAGGGCCCUGUGUAGCUUGGUAGGAGGGCACCAGGAGGUGGCCUUCACAGCAGGAAAAUGACGAGGGCUUUCCAAGAACCAUCUCCUGCAUUAUGGAAGCCUCCUCUCCUCUGACUCCUCUGGAUAUGGCUGGGAACAGGCAGAGGUCAGAGGCCUAAACUCGGAGGUCAGGCGCUGGGACAGGUCGCCUGCAGGGAGCUGAACAGAUAAGCCCCGUCAGGUGAGAGGGGCUGCUGGCCAGGGGCCCAGGCAAGCACAGUCCCGUUUUGCGCUUUGCACAAACUUGAGUUCCCCGCCAGAGAGAAUGUGUGUGAGGAGUGAGAAAUGCUGAAUCCAAUUAAGA